AUGGUUUGUAGAUAAAGUAUCCAAAUGAAAGGGAAAAUAGUGAAAAAAAUAUCAGCAUAUUUUCAAAAUAAUUAAUUUAUAUAAUUUUCAUUAAGUCAUCUAGGACUUUAAUAACGAUUAUUCUAAUUAUUAAAUCUAUUAUUAAAGAUCUUUGAUUUAUUUUUACAGUAAAUCUCCAGUUUCCAUAAUUUUGUUUAUUUAGAAUUACUCAUAUAUUGGCUAGAAAUAAAGAAUUUAUUACUAAUUUCUAUUCAUAAAUCUUUAAAUUAAGUAAGUGAUAAGUAUUUCCUUUCCAAAAUGUUAAUUCUCCAGCCCUUAUUUAGAAAUUUUAUUUAAUCUUAGUAAAGCUUAAUCAAAUCAUUUUUUUCUGAAGUUGACUUUCUAAUUACAAUAUUCUGGUAUCUUAACUUUCUGAAACUAGAUUAAUGCAACUAGAUUAUUUAAUCUGUUUUGAAUAUUCAUUCAAUUUAACAUUCAGAUCAUGAAUUAUUUAAUCACUUUUAAAACCUCAUUUUCCAAUUUUUAAAUCUGCUCUCUAUAUUUCUCCUAUGCUAUUUCAUCCUUUUAUUAAACUUUGAGCGAUUUAAAUAGUUAUUCAUUCUCUCUCUAAAUUGCAAUUCAUGA